UCGCCAUCGGAGCCCUCUGAUUGGUCCGCCUUGGUCCCGCCCCCAGCGGAAGCGUUCCCGGCGUUCCCCGCUGUCAAUCACAAGCAGUGCCUCCACUGAUUGGGCGAUGCCUCAUCUCCCGCCUUCCCAUUGGUUGAUGCAGCCUAGAGGCUCCGCCCCCUUGUGUCACCUUAUUUGUUGGCCGUCCCGCCCUCCCGCUCGUUUCCGCUUUCCAUUGGUAGCUCGCUGCGUCACUCACUCCAAAUCCCGACUCAUUACCGCCUUCCCAUUGGCCACACUCUUUCUUCCUUCCUAUUGGUCGCCAUGCUGUCAGUCAUCGUUUUACCGCCGCCUAUUGGAGGAACUGCGCGGGGCGGUGCCUUUCUCACUUCCCAUUGGCGCAGCGCGAAGGCAGGCUCUGCGCCGAUUGGUCGAAGCUCCGCUUAUUCCCGCCCCCUCCGUGAGGGCUUUGCGGAGCCGCUGUUUGUGCGCUCGGGGCCGCGCCGGGAGGCCCCGGAGGAUCACGGCAGGAGCCCAUCCCAGCCCGUCCCAGUCCAUCCCAGUCCGUCCCAGCUGUGCGGUGGCUCCGGGGCCAUGGCCACCCGCGGGGCCCAGCGGCCCAAUGGGCACUCGCAGCCCAGUAAGAUCUGCCAGUUCAAACUGGUGCUGCUGGGAGAGUCGGCCGUGGGCAAGUCCAGCCUGGUGCUGCGCUUCGUCAAGGGCCAGUUCCACGAGUACCAGGAGAGCACCAUCGGUGCGGCGUUCCUGACGCAGUCUGUGUGCCUGGAUGACACCACAGUCAAGUUUGAGAUCUGGGACACGGCGGGGCAGGAGCGCUACCACAGCCUGGCCCCCAUGUACUACCGGGGGGCCCAGGCUGCCAUUGUGGUCUAUGACAUCACCAACCAGGAGACGUUUGCCCGAGCCCGGGGCUGGGUGAAGGAGCUGCAGCGCCAGGCCAGCCCCAGCAUCGUCAUCGCCCUGGCCGGCAACAAGGCUGACCUGGCCAGCAAGAGGAUGGUGGAGUACGAGGAAGCCCAGGCCUACGCCGAUGACAACAGCCUGCUGUUCAUGGAGACCUCUGCCAAGACAGCCAUGAAUGUCAACGACCUGUUCCUGGCCAUUGCCAAGAAGCUGCCAAAGACGGAGCCGCAGAGCACGAGCGGGGCCGGGGGCCGGGGCCGGGGCGUGGACCUGAGCGAGCAGAGCCCGCAGGGCCGGGGCCAGUGCUGCAGCAACUGAGGGAUCCCAGGGGAUCCUGGGGGAUCACAGCCAGGAUUGGUCCCAGAUCCAGCCAGGAUGGAACCCAAAUCCAGCCAGGGUUGAUCCCAGGACCACAAUCAGUGCUGCAGCAACUGAGGGAUCCCAAGGGAUCCAGCCAGGAUCCAACAAGAUCGAGUUGGGAUCCAGCCCAAAUCCAGCCAGGAUCAAGAUGGUUUCAAGCCAGGAUCCAACAGGAUCAAGCUGGAUCCAGCCCAAGUCCAGCUGGGAUCAGGUUGAGGUCCAGCCCAAAUCCAGCAUCACCUGCAGGGCUGGGGCACAUGCUGCAACAACUGAGGGAUCCACCGGGAUCCAGCCAAGAUCCAGCCAGAUUCCUGUCUCAGUCCCAGCCAG